AUGGAAAGCUUCGGGCAUGAUCUUUCCGUUUAUCAGAACGUUUGUGAACGUUUUUUGAAUUUAAAACUGCUGGCCCAGAAUGCCUGCACCAGCCCCGAACGACUGGCGCUCUGUAAACAAUUGGUGAGGGACGAUAUACAUUCCACGCGCAGACUGAGUCGAGUGCAAAACAUGGCCGAUCUUCUGCUGUUGCUUGAGCAGCGCAAUCUUCUCAGUCUACUGAACCCGGAACCUAUCGAACGAUGGAAGCCGGCUCUGGAUUCACAGGAGCUUUCCAGUGCCUUCGACGAGUACCGCCAGAUCAUCGAAGUGCACCGUACCACGAUAAGACGAUUCUUUUUAGAAGCUCUGCGCCAUCGGGACCGUCGUACAUUCGUCGAGAAGGAAGUAGAAAAGAUUAAACUUCACGAUAGCAAUGGCUCAACGACGACCGAAACGGUUAAAUUUCUCCAACAACGCGACGAUAUUUACGCGCUCCUGCAGAAGGAAAUCGGAAAACAGUGGAACGCGCUGGGUAGAUCACUAAAACUAUCCCCUACCGAGCUGCACGAAAUUGAAAUGAAUCACCAAAACGACCUAAAAGCACGAAUAUGGGCGGUAUUAGAACGGGCCGAACACGAAUUCGGAGAGGAUGCUGUGGACCAGUUUGUAGAACACUUGAAAAAUGCUCUGUCAAAGUGUCGAAGAAAUGAUUUGAAACGGAAACUUGAAAAAAUGUUAUCAUAAUUUCGUUAAAUGUAUUUAUGGUUAAUAGGUUUUUCGUUCGACUAAUGCCGAAAUGUGGAAAAUUACCCGCUGGGCCCGUUACAAAAUUGUAAAUAAUACAGAUUCCGCUAUGAAGGCGCCGGGGAUAAUAUGGACAGUCGAGGCUACGUAGGGAGGAAGAAUAGUAAUACUUA